CGUGGCGCGGCGGCGGGGCGGGGCUCGGCGCGGCCAUGGCGGUGUUCGUGACGCGGCGGAUCCCGGCCGAGGGGCUGCGGGUCCUGUCGCAGGCCGGCGGGUGCCGCGUCCAGCAGUGGGACUCGGAGGAGCCGGUGCCGCGGUCCGAGCUGCUGGCGGGGGUGGCGGGGAAGCGCGGCCUCCUCUGCCUCCUCUCCGACCGCAUCGACCGCGAGGUGCUGGAGGCCGCGGGGCCCGGCCUGAAAGUCAUCAGCACCAUGUCCGUGGGGUUCGACCACCUCGCCCUGGAGGAAAUCAAGAAGCGGGGGAUCCGCGUGGGGUACACACCCGAUGUCCUGACCGAUGCCACCGCGGAGCUUUCCGUCGCUUUACUCCUGGCUGCGUGCCGACGGCUGCCGGAGGCGGUGGAGCAGGUGAAGAAUGGUGGCUGGACAACAUGGAAGCCCUUAUGGAUGUGUGGCUACGGUCUGUCUGAUAGUACGGUGGGCAUCAUAGGUCUGGGGAGAAUAGGACAGGCUGUUGCCCGCCGCCUAAAGCCAUUCGGGGUCAAGAAGUUUUUGUACGCUGGCAGUCGCCCGAAGCCAGAGGUGGCUGCGGAGUUUGAGGCCGAGUUUGUCCCAGUCAUGAGGCUGGCCGAGGAGUCGGACUUCGUUGUGGUGACGUGUGCUUUGACUCCAGCCACCCAGGGAAUGUGCAACAAGGACUUCUUCAGCAGAAUGAAGAAGACCUCCGUGUUUGUCAACACGAGCAGGGGGGCUGUGGUGAACCAGGAGGACCUGUACGACGCGCUGGCCCGCGGCCGGAUCGCAGCGGCAGGCCUGGACGUCACGACGCCGGAGCCGCUGCCCACCGACCACCCCCUGCUCUCCCUCCCGAACUGCGUGAUUCUGCCGCACGUCGGGAGUGCCACCUACGCCACGAGGAACACGAUGGCGGUGCUGGCGGCCAACAACCUGCUGGCCGGGCUGCGAGGGGAGCCCAUGCCCCACGAGCUGCUGCUGUGACGGCCGGAGCCCCGCCGUCCCCGGGAGAAGCCUCGCAGGCCGGCCCUGUGCCUCCUCGCCCCUGCGGCCGCGUGCCAGCGGUGAGGGAGCCGCUCCCCAGCCAUUAAAGAGGAGCAGUGAA